UUUGAUUGGUAACUGCAGAUAAAAUGAGUUAUCGGAAAUGGUGAGAAGUUUUCAGAUGUGGAAGUGUUAAGUUCCUCUUGUACGCAAAAAUGUUUGUAAUUUAUAUACUUUUUCUUCUAUUCGAGACUGUUUUAUGUAACAAUAUAUCCAAUGAAAAUGGUCGUUUAGUGAAGAGCGAAAGUGCUUUUGAUGGAGCAGGACGUACGAUUCAAGUAAGCGCGAAGGAUUAUAUCGAAAAAUAUAAGGAAAAAUUGAAUUUAGGAGAUUGUCCAGUUAGAGAAUUAACCUUUUCUAACGGCACAACUCGUAUUAUUCCUUGCCCCUUUAAAUACACAGGAGAUGUCCACUUCAUACCACUUGCGAGAACAAAUUUAGAUAUCAGACGUGUUCAAAAAGCGGAAGACGUCUUUUCAAGAGUAGGAGGUGGACUCGGAAUAGGAGCGGGAGUUAUGGGCUUGGCCAAAGUUAGCAUAAAAGUAAAAGCGGCGGUAGACAUUCAAAAUAACAAGAAACAAAUGUCUUUAAGUAGUAAUUAUGUAAUGCAAAGAGGUGUGCUGUCGUUGAGAAACGCUCGACCAGUGGGUGACGUGGAUCCCGAUUUUGUUACUCAGCUUUAUCUCAGCGAAGUGGUAAUUGGGGGAGAGGAAACACUUUUAGUCACCAUGGAAUUCGAAUCGGAGCGAAAGAAAACUGAAGUUGAAACGACUGUGACGGUAAAAAUAUUGUUCAUAUCCAUAACCGCUAAGAUGAGAUUCAUAUCCGAGAAUUUUCAUUCAGCCGCUGCGGUUAAGGUAAGUCGUGUGUCGUCGUGGAGGAGAACAGAAAGUCGAACUUUCUUAGGACCGGGCAGCUUAAAGUCUGCUCUGAAAGUUAUAGAAGAAUACGAAAAUAAAUUUAAAGUUGCUCCUCAAGAAUUGCAACAAUUACCUUUAGAUGAUAGCUCACUACACAUAGAAUAUCAUUUUAACACGUGGAAAACUCCUACUCAAGAGCUAAAUUUUAACCAAGCUGAAGUGAAUUCUUAUUUAGAAGUAUUAAAGAGAGAGAUUUUAGAAUUGGAAACAGUUGUUAAGAGAGUCAGAUCGUACAUAAACUACGUGAAUCGUGUCGGCGCAGUAACCAUUAACAAACGUAAAGAAUUGGAGAAAUUUGAAAUUGAGAUGAAAGAAAAGGCAGAAAAUUUGCAAGAAGCUUACAAUGGAUACUUCUUGAUGAGCGUGGAAGAAAGAAAGAAUAUCGUAGAUAUAUACGGAAGGAAAAGAGCACCAUUUUACUAUAUGAGGAAACUCGGUUCCAUUUUUCAGCCCGGUGAAGAUUACACUUAUCUAGAAGAGAUUCAGCUGUAAAUUUACAUCAAUAUCUGCUUAAGAAAA